GGGGAGCGGGCCGGCUGGACGGCAGUUCGCUGCAGGAGCCCCCCGGGACGAGUCGCGAGGCCGUCGGACGCCGGGAGGAGCCGCCGCCCGUUCGCUCUUCCCUUUCAGCUCCCCCGUGCCGUCCGGUCCGGUCCGGUCCGGUCCGGUCCGGUCCGGUCCCGUCCGGUCCUCAGGGCCCCGCCGGCCCCCGCCAUGGGCAAGGGCGACCCCAGCAAGCCCCGGGGGAAGAUGUCCUCCUACGCCUUCUUCGUGCAGACCUGCCGGGAGGAGCACAAGAAGAAGCACCCGGACUCGCUCGUCAACUUCGCCGAGUUCUCCAAGAAGUGCUCCGAGCGCUGGAAGACCAUGGCCCCCAAGGAGAAGGCCAAGUUCGAGGAUCUGGCCAAGGGCGACAAAGCCCGCUACGACCGUGAGAUGAAAAACUACGUCCCGCCCAAGGGGGAGAAGAAGGGCAAGAAGAAGGACCCCAACGCCCCCAAGAGACCACCGUCGGCCUUCUUCCUGUUCUGCUCGGAACAGCGUCCCAAGAUCAAGAGCGAACACCCGGGCCUGUCCAUCGGGGACACCGCCAAGAAGCUGGGGGAGCUGUGGUCCGAGCAGUCGGCCAAGGACAAGCUGCCCUACGAGCAGAAGGCGGCCAAGCUAAAGGAGAAAUACGAAAAGGAUAUUGCGGCAUAUCGCGCCAAGGGCAAGGGUGAUCUGGGGAAGAAGGGCCCCGGCCGGCCAACGGGAUCCAAGAAGAAGGCGGAACCCGAAGAGGAUGAAGACGAGGAUGACGACGACGAGGAGGACGAGGACGAGGAUGAAGAGUAAAUGGAUGACCUGCUGUAAAGAUUUUUUGUGUGUGCGUGUGUAUGUGUGUUGGUGCGUGUGUGCGCGCGCGCUCUAAAGUCCAUUUUUUCGCUAAGAAUGUGAACUCAAGUGCAGCUCAUUGUUAGCUUAAGUAUCAAAACUGUACAGACUUGUGUAUAGGUAAACGUGAUUCUUUGUAGGGAGAACUUAUAUUUUUUAAUGUAAGUAGUAGCUGUUGAGGGGCCACCACAGUUAUUUUCCAGCUUCUGAGAUUGAGUGCUUCUGCGUAUUUAAUGGUUUUCCUGAAUUCCUCGACUAAGCCUCCUGUAGCACAGUAAAAAUCUUAAAAUCUUAAAAUAGCAGGCCUUAAGGUUUUUGUAGGAUGUUGCAUUUUUCCCUUUAAAUAAUUUUAUAAUAAAAUUAUGUACAUUAUUUGGUGUUUUCCUAA